AUGCCUCGUACUCGCCCCCGACGGCUCAACCACCUGCAAGGCAUCAAUGUGGACCAGAUGGCCCAGAUCGCCGACGCCGCCAACAACGACUACCUCCGUCUCGAAAACCUCGACGUCAACAUCCCGCCGGAACCAGAGGCUCUAGCUUACAUGCAGCAGGCCGUCACCGACGAGGCAUGUAAUAGUUACCUCCCAUUCACCGGCAAAGCCCGCCUGAAAGACAUCGCAGCCAGACACGUCUCGCAGCUGUCGGGCAUGGCAUAUACCGGCCAGCGCCACUGCGUGAUCUCCGCGGGCGGGCUAUCCGGCAUCCUGAACGUUCUCCUGGCAACCAUCGAGGAAGGCGACGAGGUGAUCUUGACGGAUCCGACGUACCGGGGGCUCAUCAACCGGGUCCUGCUCGCGGGCGGCGUCCCCAAACUAGUCCCGUUCACCUUCCAGCCAGGGCAGGAGUGGCGGUUAGACCAGGCCGCACUGCGCGCGGCGAUUACUGAGAAAACCACAGCCAUUCUUCUCAUGUCGCCGUCGAUGCCGAGCGGGGGCUACUUGACUCGAGACGACUGGACCCGCGUUGCCGAGAUCUGCGUGCAGAAUGACCUGCUUCUCAUUCUGGAUACGGCAAUGGAGCGUCUGCUGUUCGAUGCGCGGCCGGUGAUUCACCCUGCCGGUUUCCCUGGGAUGUUCGAGCGGACGGUGACGGUCGGCUCGUCCGCGAAAGAGCUGCGCAUGAUCGGCUGGCGCGUCGGCUGGAUCGUGGGACCCGAGGAGCUGAUCAGCGACAUUGCCGCGGUGUGCAUGGCCAAUGUCGUCGUGCCCGUGGGGAUCGCCCAGGAAGCCGUCGCGGUUGCGCUGGACCGGUCGCCCCAGACUCUGGCGCCGUAUGUGGCGCAACUACAGGCCCGCCGGGAUCGUGUCGUCGCGGAACUCGAAGGACUACCCGUUGGCGUCCCUGCGGGCGGAUGGAGCCUGCUUCUCCGGGUGAGCGAUUUCGGGCUGGAUGGGAGCACCGUGGCGAAGCGUUUGCUGGAACAGGGGGUAUGUGCAACCGCGAUGGAUGGAUGGGGAGAGGUGCACGGGAGCCAGUAUAUCCGGUUUGUGUUCUCCAAUGAGACUAUGGAGCGGCUGACGGGUCUGGGUGCCAAAGUGAAGAAGGCAUUGGGUAUCCCCAGUGAUUGA